AUGUCCUUCGUGUCGGCGGCACGGUGGAGCGGACCGAGCCUCGAGGGCCCCGGGCCUCGGAGCCUCGGUGAGGUGCUGGGCAGCCGCACCGGGUUCCCGAGCGCCACGCACUGCUGCCAGGCGUGCAGCUUCCAGCCCGGGCGUCACGGGCCCCGCUGCGCCCGCAUCUUGUCGGCCUACGCGGAGCGGCCGCGGAUGUGCCCGGGCUGCCAGCGCUACCUCGUGACCGGGGCCACCGGGAGCCACACGCACUGCUGCGCGCGGUGCGGGCAGGAGCCCGGGGAGCACUCCAGGGGCUGCCACAUGCGCGAGCCGCUCUGGGCGGGGCGCGAGGAGAUGUCCGUGACCCUGCGGCACCACAUGCUGCGGCGGCGGUGCCCGCCAGGCGCGCCCCUGCCGGAGCUCCCGGCCAGCUCGAGCGCCCCCUCGCGGGCCGCGCCGCAGAGCCAGCCGUCCGAGCGACCCCUCCUGGAGCGCUGCGCGUACGUGACCCUGCUGUACGGCGGCGACGUGGAGUACGCGCUCGGGGCCCUCCUGGUGGCGGCGUCGCUGCGAAGGACCGGCUCGCUGGCGCGGACGGUGAUGCUCCACACCGCCGACGUGCCCGCCCGGCGGCUGGAGCUCCUGCGGCACUUUUACGACGAGGUCCGCCUCAUCAGGGACCCGAUCUCCAUCCCACGCGGCUCGCCACUGUGCGCCUCGUCGCGGGAUUUCGGGCACCCGCAGUUCCUGAAGCUGCACUUGCUCGAGCUGACGGAGUUCGACAAGGUGCUCUACCUGGAUUCCGAUGUCAUCGUGCGGCGCAGCCUCGACGAGCUGUUCGCACUGCAGGCCCCGGCCGCCAUGGACCGCGUCCUCCCUAUGGCGUCGCACGGCACCAAGCUGCCCAAUCGAGUCUACUAUGGCCCAGGCAUGGUGCGCGGCAUCCAGGGCGGCGUGAUGCUGCUGGCGCCCGACCAGGAGCGUUUCGACCUGGUGCGCAGGGAGGUCGAGGACCCCGUCGCCAUCGCCAACAGUGAUUUCCGUCCGAGCACUGGAAACGAGCAGGACUACUUGACCUGGCACUACUGCGACGGCCUGCUGGAGGAGGACGGCCACGCCUCGGUGUGGACGCACCUGGGCUGCGAGUACAACUUCGAGGUGCACGACCCCGGCAAGUACUUCGCAGUCGGCAGGGAGAGGUGGCUGUGGAUGGACUACCGCAACGACGCCGCCGUGCUGCACUUCAGCGCGCUGUUCCGGAAGUGUGCCAAGCGCCUGAUUCGCGAAGAGGACUCGCCCCGGCUGCACCACAGGCCCGACGUGGAGAACUGCCGCGUGGCGUUCGCCGAGAGCGUGUGGGACGAGGAGGUGGAGCACCUGGGCAGGGAGGCCGCGGCGAGAGGGUACGAUCUGAGGGAAUGGCUGGGCACAGGGUUCAUGUUUAUUGCCGUCGUUUCUGCUCUUUUGCCGUCGGCGCACGCGGCUGUCUUCGCCGCGCUCGAGGGUGCCGCUGGCAGCAUGGAGAUGCGGCUCGUGAGGGGGCCCGGGGAGGAGGGCCUGCCCGACAGGGCCCGCCUGCCGCCGGGCACCCGCUUCCUGUUCGAGGCGUUCGUCUCCAACUGCAGGCCUCGGAGAAGACAAAGCGGCAUGCAGAUCAAAGUGAAGGGGCCCCAGGCCCCCGUGCUGAAAGAGGACUGCGACUUCGCCCACGGCGUCGAGCGCUGCGCGGUCCGCGAGGUGCCGGAGCCCCUCCGGAGGAUCCUCGCGCCGGUGGGCAGCGUCGCUGGGCCGCUGGCGCGGACCAUGGCUUUGCUGAUCAGGCCGGGCCUGGCGUGGUUCCCGCCUCCGUUCACGCCCGGGCCGCCGUGGGGCGCCUGCUUCUGGGCGCCCGAGGACGACGACUCCGAGGAGUCCGCCGGGCCCGACGGCGGCGACGGCGCCACGGGCGGCACGAGCGGCUGCGACGGCCCGGGCGCCGGCGGCCCCGGCCUGGAGGACCCCCGGAGGGCGCACCCGUCCGACCCCGAUGGGGUCGGCUACACCUUCGCGCAGUACGUGGCCUUCGCCCUGGAGGAUCGGGGCAAGCCCGAGCGCUACGCACUGGGCUUGUGGAACCAGUCCGCGCGGGUCGGGACGCACGUCGACGGGGGUGCCGCGGCCGACGCCGGCGCCUUCUGUCGCUGCCACGUGCGGAGGCAGGAGAUGCGGGACGACGGCCUGAGGCCCCGCCUGAAGGCCGCGAGCGUCGAGCCCGGGGAGCCCCAGGUGAUCUGCGCCUGGGUGCGGAACCCGAAGGUCUGCGGCGGCGAGGAGCAGUGGCUCUUCGCGCCGCUGGCGGACCCGCCGCACCUGGCGGGGUGCCCCGCGUGGAGGCGCGCGGCGUCGUUCCGCGCCCGGAUCCUCGGCUGA